AUGCAUCAUAAUCAUAAUUCAUCAGCUAUUCACUUUUAUGAUCUUGAUAAACCAUUUGGUGAGUUUGGCAACUUUUAUUCUGCGCCUAUUCACCUUGAUGGAUUUAUCUGGCCUACUACCGAACAUUAUUUUCAAGCACAAAAGUUCGCGUAUGAUAUAAAUCGUGUUAGAUAUAUUUCACAAUUGCCCACGCCGCGAGAUGCCUUCGACUAUGCUCAAUAUCAUAAUUCUGCAGUCCGACCAGAUUGGAAGAAUGUUAAAGAUAAGGUAAUGUUUAGAGCAUGUAUGGCUAAAUUUACGCAGCAUCCACAUCUUAAAUACAAGUUAUUAUUAACUGGACACCGUACUCUAGUUGAACAUACUAAGAAUGAUUCUUAUUGGGGUGAUGGUGGAGACGGAACAGGUAAAAAUCGAUUGGGAAUUACCCUGAUGCAAGUUCGAGAAGUCAUCAGACAAUACCAAUAA